AUGGAGCCUGCCUGCACUCAGGUCCCCAUAAAAGGUGCUCUCUGGUUACCUGUACUCUGGGCAUUCCUGUUCCCCGCCAGCUGCUCCCACACACCCCCAGGAUGGCGCUUUGCUUCUUCUGAAAUUGUGAUCCCAAGGAAGGUGACCCAAAGGACAAAUACAUUUGAGAAACCAGACCAACUCUCCUACAGCAUGCGCUUCCAGGGAAGAAGACAUGUGCUCCACAUGAAGCUCAAGAGGAACUUGGUGCCCAGAAAUUUUCCCAUUGUUACUGAUGAUGACCAGGGUGCCAUGCAGGAAGACUACCCAUUUGUCCCCCGAGACUGUUACUACUACAGCUACCUGGAAGAGGUUCCUGGGUCCAUGGCCACACUGGACACCUGCCAUGGAGGUCUGCGUGGCAUGCUGCAGAUAGAUGAUGUCACCUAUGAAAUCAAACCGCUGGAAGCUUCUUCAACAUUUGAGCAUCUGGUUUCCCUACUUGUGUCAGAAGAAAGAGAAGAGGAGGAUAAACAUUGUAAGAUUAAAUCAGAGGAAAUCAGUCAAGCCUUUGAAGAGGAGCUUCCUGCAGCAACUCCUAGAGCAGGUCCUGCUUAUUUGUGGCAGAUACAUUAUAAGAUCUUAAGACUGCACUACACGGUUUCUGAAUCUUUGGUUUCUCAGGAUGAAAAUGAUUCCCGAAUAAUAGAGAAUGUAAUUUUCAUGAAUAAUAUUGUACAUUCCAUCUAUAGGCCAACCUCACUGAAUUGUGCCAUACGCGUUAUGUGCAUAUGGCAUGAAGAUACAGUGGACUUAUAUAAUAGACGCUCCGCGCAAAAUGCUGUAACAGAUUUUGGCCUGUGGAAAUUGUAUAGCUUGUUUAGCGACGCUCCACAUUCGACUUCAUUACUUUACACAGGACACCGCAUUGCAGGCGCUAAUUAUUAUGCAAGCCAUAAUGGAAUAUGCAAUGCUAACUGGGGAGCUGCAUUUGUAUUUGUAGCACACUACCACAUAUUUGUGGCUGCGAGUAUUUCAGCACAUGCAUUAGGUCACAACAUUGGAAUGGGGCAUGAUGGAGAUGAAUGCCGCUGUUUCCGUAGAACUAGCUGUGUUAUGUGUCAAACACCUGGUCUUCAGGAUAUAAUGAGCAACUGCUCCUAUCAGCACAUAUACAGACGUAUUGUUUUCUGGGAUCCUUGCUUGAGUGAACCAAAUGUCCCAUAUGCUAAUUUUCCAUAUAUAGCACCUCGUUGUGGAGACAGGGUAAAAAAUGUAAAGGAAGAAUGUGACUGUGGCUCCCUGAAGGACUGUGCCUCAAAUAAGUGUUGUGAAACUAACUGUGCUCUCAAAAUUGGCACUGACUGUGACCAUACUCCUUGCUGCAAUCAGGACUGCAAAUUUUCAGCUCCGGGAGUGAUUUGCAGAGACAUCCAUGGUAUUUGUGACCUGCCAGAAUAUUGUGAUGGGAAAAAAGAAGAGUGCCCACAUGAUGUUUACAUCCAGGAUGGAACCCCAUGUUCACCUGUAGCCGUCUGUAUCAGAGGAAACUGCAGUGACCGCAAUAUGCAGUGCCAGGCCCUUUUUGGAUAUGAAAUAGGUGAUGCCUCACAAGCAUGCUAUGACCAACUGAAUAUCAUAGGUGAUCGAUUUGGAAACUGUGGGGUUAAGUUGCAAAGAGGAGGAUCCAAACCUUUUAAAUGUGAAGAAGAUGAUGUUUUAUGUGGAAUGCUGCACUGUGGUGGAGUCAAGGAAAUACCUGGUGGAGGGAGACACACUACAUUUAGACGCUUAUUAGUUCAAGAUGUUAAGCAAGAAGAAUGCUUUGGAUAUGAUGCACAUCAGGGGGCAGAAGUGCCAGAAAUGGGGCUUGUAGUUGAUGGGGCAACAUGUGGUCCUGCUAAAUAUUGUCUAAACCAGAACUGUACUUUUCAUGAGGACAUGCACUUUGACUGUGAUGUGAAGAAAUGCAAUUUCAAAGGAGUGUGUAACAGCAACAAAAACUGUCAUUGCAUGCCUGGGUGGAAACCACCGACAUGUGCUGAAAAAGGUUCAGGUGGUAGUAUAGACAGUGGCCCUACACCUGACAGAGAUCCAGGCCUGCAAUCCACAAUUGUUAUGAAUAUCCGAAUGGAAUUGCUUUUAGCAUUAAUUCGUGUAUCAUUAAUUGGAGCCUGCAUACUCAUUGGUGCCCUUACAACAGCAAAAAGGCACAUAGAGAAAAAAAUAAUGCAAGAUGAAUAUGAAAGUGAUGACUCUUUGUAAAUAUCACUGGGAGUCCUCACAUGCAGUCAUUCUACACUGACAAUCCUCAUGUCCUCUGGCCAUUCUGAGGGAUUAAUCUUGAAAUAAACUCACAUCUUAAUAAAGACAGUAAACACUGUUACU